UAAGACUCUAAUUCUUGGCAAGGACCAAUGGCUGAAUCCGUCCUCAGCACUGUUCUUGGGAAUGUGGGCAAUCUUGCUGUUCAGGAGGCUAGUUUCUUAGGUGGGGUCACACUUGAAGUGGCCUUCUUAAAAGAUGAGCUGAUGCGGUUGCAAGGCUACCUCAAAGACGCCGAGAGCAAACGGAGAUCUGGAAAUGCAACAGUCACUAUCUUAAUGAGCCAGAUCGGGGAUGCUGCUUAUGAGGCCGAGAAUGUUAUCGAAGCAGUAGAUUACAUGAAGAAAAGAAAUGACAUAAAAAAGGGCUUCAUGGGUGCAAUUUCAAGGUAUGCUCACAUACCAAGUGAUUUGACUACCCUGCAUAAAGUUGGUGUUGAAAUCCAGCGUGUAAGAAGGAAACUCAGUGAGAUAUUUCAGAGCAUAGAACGUUUGAAAAUCAACUUGGAUAGUGGUGUUGUGGAUGAGUCUCUAGAAGAUUAUGACCUUAGACAUUUGCGUAAUGAUGAUGUUGUCAUGGUAGGUUUUGAGAAUGAGUACAAAGAAAUAGUGGACAAAUUAGUUCAGGGAGAAAAAAUGCUUAGUGUUGUCUCCAUAGUUGCCAUGGGCGGGGCAGGAAAAACAACACUUGCUAGAAAAGUAUACAUUUCUUCUCAAGUCGAACAACACUUUGAAGCACUUGUUUGGGUUACUGUAUCUCAAAAGUUCAAGGUCAUUGAUUUACUAAAGGAGAUUUUGAAGCAAAUACUGAGUGACGUAGACCAGUCUACAAAAAUUGAUGAAAUGAAAGAGUAUGAGGUGGGAAAGAAGAUCCAUGAUAUCCUCAUCAAGAAAAUAUACUUGGUAGUUCUCGAUGAUGUGUGGGAAACAGACACAUGGGAACAAAUAAAUAGAACAAUUAAGGCCUUUCCGGAUACGUCUAACUGUAGUAGAAUACUGCUAACCACAAGAAAAGAAGAUGUUGCGAAACAUGUUGAAAUGCAAACCCAUGUACAUGCUUUGAGGAGUUUAGAUGAAGAGAAAAGUUGGUUACUUUUUAGUAGCAAAGCUUUACCUUCAUAUAGAAUAUCAAGCAUACACAAUCUGGAUAAAUAUGAAGAACUGGGAAGAAAACUUACAAGGAAAUGUGCUGGACUACCACUUGCACUUGCAGUUUUAGGGGGGUACCUAUCAAAGAAUCUCAACACACAGGCAUGGUCCGAUGUGCUACUGUGUUGGCCAUCAACCAAGGACACACAGAUGAUGCGAGCCAUAAUAGCUCGCAGUUACGAGAACCUACAAAAUCACCAUUUAAGAUCAUGUGUGCUGUAUCUUGCUGCUUUUCCUGAGGAUUACAUAAUAUCUGUGUCAGCUCUUAUUAAUCUAUGGAUAGCAGAAGGCUUCAUUCCACAUACACCUAAGCAUACUCUAGAAAAAACAGCUCGUAUGUAUGUAAGUGAGUUGGCUCAAAGAAGCUUCGUGCAAGUUGUUCAAACAAGCAUUAUACAUGAACGUGCCGAGGAAAUAAGGAUUCAUGAUAUAAUACGUGACUGGUGCAUAGAAGAGGCAUCACAAGAUGGUUUCCUUGAUGUCAUCCAUGAAACUACUAGUGGGCAAGUUGGUGCAUCAUCAUCUCAUAACAAGAUAUUCUAUCGUUCUUCUUUCCAAAACUUGAGUGGGCAGAUCUUACAGGCUUCACCUAAUCUCAGAACUUUGUUUGGCUUUGAACUUUCAUCACUAUCUUUACCUGAUGUAAGGUUCCUAAGAGUUCUUCAUGUUGAGAACACAAGGCUAAAGAAUUUCUCAACGGUAAUUGGUGGGUGCAUUCACCUACGACACCUGAGUUUGAGAGGUUGUGGAAGAGUGAAGGUUCCCUCUUCAAUCAGGAAACUCCUUUAUCUGCAAACUAUACAUGUAGACUCAAAUGUACCAAGCUCCCUCUGGGAUAUACCUACUCUAAGACAUGUAGAUCUUUGUUGUAUUUCUCUGCCAAGGAGUGUGCAAAUUCUACAAACCCUACAGGAGCUUCGUAUGUGGCCCACUGAUGAUGAAGUAGGUAAAGACCCGAUGCCGAUCUUGGAGAUGCUUCCUUGUCUUGUAGUGCUAGAGUUGCAUUGUUUUAUACCCGAAGCAAUGUCCUCUGGUGCCCAAGGGUUCCCUCGUCUGCAAGAGUUACGACUUGAGGGCUGUUACUUUAACAAGUGGACGAUGGAGGUUGGGACAAUGCCAAAGCUAUCCCACCUGUCACUUGAUAUGUUCGAUAUGCUGGAUGAAAUUGAAAUCCCCGAUGGAUUACUGCACCUUCCAUCCAUCAGUUUCGUAUCACUGCAUGCGAGAGCAAUUGCUUGUUCGAGUCACAGCACAGCGGAAGGGCUGAAGCAGAAAGGAUGCGAGGUCACAAUAGUUACUGUUCCCCUUUAAUCUCGAACAACAUGGAUGAUCAAGUAUUAUGAAGGCAUUAUGGUUCGGCUAUGCUCUCUUGGCAGACGAACAAGUAUCUCACAACCUAUAUAUCAGGC